AUUAAUCAACUUUCUUAUGACCCCCCAACUCCUGGGCAAGCGCAUACUCUCUGCAAACUGCAACUGUCCGGGAGUGGACUAUCCGUUUUGAAUUCCGAGUGAUAUUUUGAGCGUUAUCUGCUGUUUGUUUCCUGAGAAAAUAAGAGAGUGCGAAAGAAAAGAGGGAGAAUUAGAGAACAGAAAAUAUGGCCGUGGGUGGUUUCGCCGUUGACGGACCUCUGGCCGUCGCUGGCAUCGACGGCAAGAUAACGGUUUCGGUGGUGAUAACGUGCAUCGUCGCGGCUUCUUGCGGUCUUAUAUUUGGUUAUGACAUCGGAAUUUCAGGAGGAGUAACUACAAUGGCACCAUUUCUGAACAAGUUUUUCCCAGAAGUACUGAGAAAGGGAGGGCCCGCGAAAAACAUAUAUUGUGUUUAUGAUAGCCAGGUUUUGACAGCAUUCACGUCCUCCCUAUACAUAGCCGGAUUGGCUGCAUCGCUCGUGGCCAGCCGUCUGGCCAAGACUAUCGGCCGCCGCAAUGUUAUGCUUCUGGGUGGCUGCACCUUCUUUGCUGGGUCUGCCAUCAAUGGGGGCGCUGUCAAUGUUGCCAUGCUUAUUUUGGGCCGUAUCUUGCUCGGAUUUGGGGUUGGUUUCACUAACCAAUCUGCUCCAAUCUACCUCUCAGAAAUUGCACCACCCAAGUGGCGAGGUGCAUUUAGCACCGGCUUUCAGUUCUUCAUAGGAAUUGGGGUGGUGGCAUCCAACUGCAUAAACUAUGCCACGGCCAAGCACAGCUGGGGCUGGCGCCUCUCUCUCGGUCUCGCAAUAGUCCCGGCCACCAUCAUGACCAUUGGCACCCUCUUCAUCUCGGACUCACCCACAAGCUUAGUAGGACGCAAUAGGGUCGACCAAGCCAGAAAAUCCCUAGUUAAAAUCCGAGGCAAGGAUGACAUUGAGGCCGAGCUCGCUCUUCUUAUCAAGGCCACUGAAGUUGCCAGAGCUCUUAAUGAGGAACCUUUUGUGACCAUAUUUCAGAGGCAGUAUAGGCCUCAGCUUUUGAUAGGUGCACUUGCUGUGCCGUUUUUUCAGCAGCUCACUGGGAUUAAUAUCAUUGCUUUCUAUGCGCCUGUGUUGUUUCAAUCUGUUGGCUUCGGCAAUGAUUCUGCUCUCAUUGCUGCGAUAAUACUUGGGUUGGUGAAUCUUGGUUCCAUCCUUGUGUCUACAUAUAUGGUUGAUCGGCAUGGUCGGAGGUUUUUGUUCAUGCAGGGUGGCAUCCAGAUGGUCAUCUGUCAGGUUGGUGUAGCUAUAGUUCUGGGAGUUACAACAGGUACGGAUGGCAAUGGCCAUAUCUCAAAAAGCUAUGCCAUACUAGUUCUAGUACUGAUGUGUUUAUAUGCUGCUGGUUUUGGUUGGUCAUGGGGACCUUUGAGUUGGCUUAUCCCCAGUGAGAUAUUCCCCAUGAAAAUUCGACCCACUGGCCAAAGCAUGGGGCUAGCAGUCAACUUUGCCACCACAUUUGUACUCUCCCAAACCUUCUUGACCAUGCUGUGCCAUUUCAAAUUCGCCACAUUCUUGUUCUACGGCAGUUGGAUUCUGGUGAUGACCAUUUUCGUCACGCUCUUCCUGCCAGAGACUAAAGGAAUCCCGUUGGAUCAAGUUUACACCGUGUGGGCAAAGCAUUGGUAUUGGCGCAGGUUCGUUGAAGGUAGCCCUAAGGUUGAUGCCGAUGAAAAUGAAUAAUGUUAGGGUGCCAAAAUAGAACUCAUUAUUUUCGUUCCAAAUGAUGCGGUUAUAUUUCACUUGUAAAUAUUUUAUCCCACUUUGAACUUUCUUUGUUUGUAAUAGGUAAGAUAUCGUCAUGUCGUUAUAUGGCAUAUUGUUUGGUGACUCGAACUUGAGAAUUUGUUUUCUCUUCUUUUUUCUGCUGAAUCGAGUACUAUGCUCAAACGUAAAUCAUCCCACUGUGUUAAUACGGUUUUAAAGAGUGAA